UGCAUCUCCGGCGCGAUCGCUUGCUCGCAGCAACCACGGCGGACUCAACGCACCGACGAAGCAGCAUCGUACGCAUGUCUCGAGGCGCCGACUUUGUGCCGGCCGUGACGCUGGCAGACAACCGGGUCAUGCCGUCUCUGGGUCUGGGAACGUACCGACUCAAGGGCGAGCUGUGCCAAACGAUCAUCAAGGAGGCGAUACGGGCUGGAUACCGUCUCAUUGACACUGCGGCUGUAUACAAGAACGAGGCAGAGAUCGGGGCAGCCAUUGCCGAGCUGAUUGCCAAGAGCGAGAUCAGCCGGUCCGACAUCUUCAUCACCAGCAAAAUCGCCCCCAAGGACCAGGGAUACGACAAGGCAUACAAAGCCGUGAGCGAUGCGCUGGUGCGAUUUGGCCCGGCCAUUCAAUACAUCGAUCUGAUGCUGAUCCACUGGCCAGGAACCCAGGGCCUGCAUAUCGAACAUGCCAAGAACCCCGUCAACCGCCGAGAGACGUGGCGGGCGCUCGAGCAGCACCACCGAGAGCGGCGAAUCCGAUCCAUCGGCGUGUCGAACUUUACCGUUGUUCACCUGCAAGACCUGCUGGCCCACGCUGCGAUCCGGCCGGUCGUGAACCAAUUCGAGCUGCAUCCGCUGCUGUAUCAACGUGGACUCGUCGACUUUUGCAGUGGCCAUUCGAUCCAAGUCGAGGCGUACGCCUCGCUGGGGGAAGGACGCCUCGUCAACGGCGAUGUCGAAAUCCUGCCCCUGAAGAGUAUCUGCCAAUCACACAAUGUCACUCCGGCACAGGCGCUGCUUCGAUGGGCGGUUCACCAUGGAUGGGUUGUCAUCCCCAAGGCCAGCUCCACAGCCCGACUGCACGAGAACCUGGAGAUCUUUCGAUUCAAGCUGUCGCCCGAGGAGAUCAAGUCGCUUGAUGAUAUUUCGCGACUGAUCGAGCCAACGAGGUUCUGCUGGGACCCCACCUCAGUUUCGUGAACCGAAGCAGAAUAGCCUGGCUUGGAU